UGGUAGAUAUUUAGAUUUAGAUUAAACAGGCAGCAUCAUUACAAUAUAAAUAAAGUUGUUUGUACUAUUAUCAAGAUUCUGAAUGUAGAAUUAACGAAAUAUUGAAUGGUGGUUCUGUAUAAAGUUGAGUCUGAUAUUACAUUGUCGAGUCGGCAUGGAUGGAAUUCUUGAAGAUCAUGAGAAUCUUAAAGAUUUCCUUGAGGAAGCAGAGCUUCAACAGUAUUAUGAGUUAUUUAGGGACAUAUUGAAAGUUGCAAAAGUGUCACAGUUGAAGUUUGUGGUGACUGAAGAUCUGGUACAAAUAGGCCUGUCCAAGCCAGAGCAAAGGCGGUACAAGAAAGUCUAUUCUAAGUAUUUCCCUAACCCCUAUAUAUCUAAAAUCAAGAAACUCCUCAGCUCAAAUAAGAAGAAUGACGUUUUUUUACAGGGUCAUUGUUCAAUACCAAUUGAUUUUGAGCCAUUCUCUGAAAAUAAUAUUAAAGUUCCUACCAAGCAUAUUAUACCUGUGGAAGAUAUUACCAUUAAUAAAGAACUAGGUAUGGGCCAGUUUGGAGUGGUGCAACAGGGCACAUGGGCUACUGGCAGUCAGAGAUUACAAGUGGCUAUUAAAUGUCUAGGCCAUGAAAGAAUGACUUCAAACUCGACCGAGUUUUUAAAGGAAGCUGCAGUAAUGCACAGUAUUGAGCAUCCCAAUAUAGUCCGCUUAUAUGGGGUAGUUUUACACUUGGACUCGUUGAUGCUGGUAACCGAACUGGCACCUCUUCGCUCUCUAUUGGAAUGUCUACGCGAAGUGUCGCUCCGGCCAAACUUUCCCGUGCCAAACCUCUGCGAAUUUGCGGAACAAAUCUGUGAUGGCAUGACUUAUCUGGAAAAUAAAAGACUGAUACAUAGGGAUUUAGCAGCAAGAAAUAUUUUAGUGUUUAACAAGGAUAGGGUAAAAAUCUCCGAUUUCGGACUGUCUCGCGCCUUGGGCGUUGGAAAAGAUUACUAUCAAACAAAUUACAACGUCAAUCUCAAGUUGCCAGUUGCUUGGUGUGCUCCUGAAUGCAUUCUAUAUCUUCGAUUCACAUCAGCCAGCGACGUGUGGGCUUUCGCCGUCUGUCUAUGGGAGAUGUUCACUUACGGCUUCCAGCCUUGGGCUGCAUUCUCGGGCCAGCAGAUUCUUGAAGCAAUUGAUGCACCUAACUUCCAGAGGUUGGAAAAGCCCGAGUGUUGUCCAGAAGACUAUUACUCCGCUAUGUUAGACUGUUGGUCUCACGAUCCAAACAACCGGCCUAAAUUUAAGGAUCUAGGGCCGAAACUAAGAGCUAUUCGACCAGAACAGGUUGAAACAACUGUGAACUUUCAAAAGACUGAAGAUGGCAGGCGAAAUAAUUUGUUAGAAUAUAAAUCUGGACAAAUAAUUACGGUUCUCGGCAAAGAAAAUAGCACUAAAACAUCAAUGUGGCAUGGGGUACUCCUGGGCGGUGCAUGUGGCAUGUUCAACCCGAACAACACCAAGCCCUACAAUAAGACUGAAAAGUCGCUCAGUACCGUGUCCGGUUCUCUGUCGCCGAACCCGGCGCGACAGUCGGCGCGACUGGUGCGCUCGGCGCUGUCGCGCGGCGACGUGAAGCGGCAUACGUACACGGGCAAGCGCACCAUCCAGCGCAGCAUGAUAUCGAGCCCGCAGGGCGACGUCAAGCACACCGGCCAUGUCGGCCUCGACGGAGCGUAUUUUGGGGACAUUUCCUUCUUGGAUCCCGCUGGCUGCCCGCCGCGGCAGGUGGUGACGCCGUACAAGCCGUCGGAGGAUCUGGAGCAGGUGCCGCUGAUCAACCCGAACUCGCCGUCGCACCUGACGGCCGCCUGCGCGCCCUACCCGCUGCUCAGCGCCGACGCCGGUCCCAACAACUGCGAUGAAGUCGACUUACCAUAUGCUGGGUCUAUGACCAAGAAUCUCAAAAAACAUGGUCUUAAAAAUUUUACAGAACCCACAACGAGCAAGAGCAUUCUUAGUAAGGUAAAAUCAGCCACACUGGGUAGAUCACACAAGACUGAUGACGGCGGAACCGCUCCCAAGACUGACGAUCCGCACGAGUACCACGAGAUAUCCGACACCGACACGGAAAGUACAGUGGCUGAGCGUACGAGAACGGAUAACUUAAUUCCACUAGAAAGUCCUGGAAUUCCUAAAAGCUAUGGCGACUUUAGUCAGAGUUUGCUUGAUGAAAUGGAGUCCAUGUUCCGAAGUUUGGACAGCAGAGGACGUCCAGAAGAAAGCGGUUCAACGGCUAGGCAUUUUGACUUCGACACCGCCCUAAGGUCGCAUACAUUUAAAACGGACAAAAAGAAGAGUUUUCAGACAGGCACGAUGAAACCCAUGUCGGCGCACGAUGAGAAGACUUUGGAGACUGCUGUGGCAAUGGCCAACGAAAUUACCACCAAGUCCAUGAACGACUUAGGCCUAGACAACAAAGUGCCGAAGUCGCCGAGCGACCGAUCCAAGUUCCACUUCAAGUUCCCGCUCGUGUCGCGACACCACACGAUCCCGCACGAACCUGAAAAGGAUCUUAAUGGCAAGCAUGAACGGCGAAAUUUCAGCGAAGAAGCGCAUAGUGUCCCUGAUAUCCAGUCUACACUAUCCGAGGAGAGCAAGCUGGCGUACACGAGCCUGAUCGAGCAGCCGACGCCGGCGUCGCUGCUGCCGCACCUGGCGGCCGACGCGCCGCGCCGCCCCGCCACCAUCCCCAAGCCCGCGCCGCGCGCGCCCGACCGCGACUUCCACUCCCUGCAGAAGCCGAUACCUUACAAGAACAAGCAACCAACAAAUAUUUUCGAUGUCCCUGAUCCAAACCUCGAUGAUAACAAUCAAAACGAAUUGCCAUUGCCGCCUAGAGCAACUAAGCCCAAGCUAAUCGAUAAGCCGCGACACAUCAGAAAAUACCCGCUAAAACUGCCCACGAACAACGACAGUAUAAGAACACUCCACGACAAAGACACUCAAAAAUCCGUGAAUAUAUACCAAAACGCGGUUCCCAGUUCGAUGAUCAAAGAUUAUAUUAGUAAGAGAUGUGAUAAUGAGAACUCAGUGGUGGUGGAAAAUGGGAGAGACGUGUUCGACGGGUGUGAGCCGAAAGUGGACACGAACCCGUUCACGAGUGCAGGGCCGAGCUCCGCUAACCCCUUCAACUGCUACCUGACGCCGGUGGCGGAUCCCGCGCCGCGCCAGGAACACUACUUCGAAGAGGGAUCACUUGUCAAAGAUCACGUGUCUGUGGAGGAUUUGCUGGAAUUCGCUGAUCAAAAACCCUGCGGCCGACAGCGCGGGGUGGAGUCGGAUGAGGUCCGAAUUAUGAAUAAAGUUCUCAAGCAACAGGUCUCACCGGAGGAGUGCUUGGAAGCCUUGGAGCUGAGCGAGUGGAACGUUCAUCGAGCCAUCAAACUCGUUCGAGUCAAAAUCGCCGUUGACGGAGCGGCUUCUUUACAGGAUUGUUGCGAAGAAUUAGCAAAAGCUAACGGAGACAUUGUUAGAGCAUCUGCAGUACUUGUUUUAGGUAAAAAACAAUAAAAAUAAAUCCAAAA